AUGCGUGGGAGCUCUCGAAAGCAACAAUUGGUUAUUGGAUCUUCGAUAGAUCAAAAGAAAUUUUAAAAAAGAAAUAAAAAAAAAGAAUUGAAUUGGAGAAGAGAGCGAGAAGGGGAAGGGAUGGCGGUGAUGGAGAAGCUGAAGAUAUUCGUAGUGCAAGAGCCAGUAGUAGCAGCUUCUUGCCUUAUAGCUGGUGUUGGUCUUUUCCUUCCAGCCGUGGUUAGGCCGAUUUUGGAUUCUUUUGAAACAAGCAAACAAGUCCCUCAGCCUGCCUUAAGUGAUGUGGUUGCAGGUGUGCGUAAAAAGCAGUAAUGAAGAGGCAUCAAACAUUCUCCCAUCUCUUUUCAGUUUUACUCUUUUCCUGCAUUCCGAGGGGCAUGAAAUAAGCUUUCCUUUAGAUUUGUUGAAUCUGAGAAGUAUUGCACAUUGAACAUCUGUUUUGUAUCAGUAUAUGAAUAUUAGUAUUGCACAUUUCAACAUCUCGUCUUUCAUCAGUAUAUGAAUAUGACUUGCAACGUCGGAUUAGCAAUUUUAAACAGUUGAUGCUUCAUUGAA